AUGAACGACCUAGCUUCAGAACUGAGCAGAAGAAAACGAGCGGUUUGGAGAGCUUUCAAGAGCAUCGGGGAUGCAGUGAAGAGGACAAAGAACACUCGACUCCGUGCCCACCUUUUCGACUCAACGGUACUUCCUGCCCUAACGUAUGCGUCAGAAACCUGGUCGCUGCGUAAGCAGGAUGAAUGGUCACUCAGCGUUAUCGAACGCGCAGUCGAAAGGACAAUGCUUGGAGUAUCCCUUUCGACACAAGUAAUGGAUGCAAUCCGAAGCUCCGAUCUGCGUCAACGAUCAAAGAUCAAAGAUGCCAUUCUGUACGCCAGGCAGUGGAAGAUAAAGUGGACCGGACAGGUAAUGCGUAUGAAUAAGAACCGAUGGGCAGGAGCCGUUAGUGACUGGAUUUCUCGGGAUGUGAAACGUACUGCAGGAAGACCACCGACCUGA